AGAGAAAGGACGAGUCAUGAAGUGAUGGACUAUUUCAGUGAUGCGUCGGGAUUGCGCUGGAGCGCGUAAAACGCUGCUGUGCUUCUGUUCCCUAAGCUUUUCUUAAGCGGACACAUCAUCGGCAUCGCAAUGAAGAGUUUAAAUACCGCGUUCAAAUUAUUCCAAAGAGAUCUCCAUUCUGUCGGAAUAAUUGGAGCACCUUUUGCUAAGGGACAGCCCAGGGAUGGUGUCCAACUGGGACCAGGUGCGAUUCGUGAAGCUGGACUGGUGAAGAAACUUGAAAUCCAAGAUUGUGUGGUGAAGGAUUAUGGUGAUCUAAUAUUUGAAGAAGUUUCCAAUGAUGAGCCCUUCAGCAGGACAAAGCAACCCCGAGCAGUUGGUCUUGCCAACAAGAAGGUUGCUGAUGCUGUUCACAGAGUUAAGAAUGAUGGCCACACCUGUGUGAUGCUUGGAGGAGAUCACAGUUUAGCAAUUGGUUCGAUCCAUGGACACGCAGCCUCCAGGCCCAAGCUGAGUGUAGUCUGGGUGGAUGCCCAUGCUGACAUUAACACACCUCUAACCAGUACAACAGGAAACAUCCACGGGCAGCCCAUGUCCUACCUCAUCCACGAGCUGUGCAAUAAGAUUCCUGUCAUGCCAAACUUCUCAUGGAUCAAGCCUUGCAUAUCAGCAAAAGAUGUAGUAUACAUUGGCCUCAGAGAUGUAGAUCCAGAGGAACAUCACAUCCUGAAACACCUGGGAAUCAAGACGUUCUCUAUGACAGAGGUAGACAAACUUGGAAUCGGCAAGGUUAUGGAACAGAUGUGCGAUCACGUAUUUUCAAAGAUAAAAAAACCCAUCCACUUGAGUUAUGAUAUUGAUGCCCUGGACCCCUCAGUGGCACCGGCCACAGGGACUCCAGUGAUAGGAGGCCUGACAUACAGAGAGGGCAUCUACAUCACUGAGUAUGUUUGUCAAACAGGGCUCCUGUCUGCUCUUGAUGUUGUAGAGGUGAACCCAAGGCGAGCCAAAACAGAGGAAGAGGUUCACAGUACAGCCAGUGUGGCAGUGGAUCUCGUGUUAGGCUGUUUUGGACGAGUUCGUGAAGGAUCACACCCAGCUGAUUACAAAAUCCCAGAACCUUAAGUGCAAAACUGCCAUACUCAGACUACAAGAUAAUAAAACUUAUAAUAGAACUUGACACAAAGAGUGCAGAGAUACCACCACCACCAUGUCUAAUAAGUUUUAUUUUGCCUGAAAUACCCUUAAAAUAUAAUGUGAUCUUGAGCCUGUAAUGGUUUAUUUUGAAUUUUCUGAUUGAUUCAACUACAAAUCCUACAAACCUACAACCACUUGUUCUUAAAUCUAUGCUAAAACGAAUCUCUUUUAUUACUAGUUGUGUUCAAUUUCCUAUAAAUGAGUUUUUAUUUCUCUUGUGGUGUUUCAUUGAUGAUGGAUCUUG